AGGCCGCGUCACGGCACCCGAGCGCCUGACGUGAGGGCGGCGGCAGACAGAGGCGCCUCCGGGCCCGGCCUGCGUGACGACGGCGAUGUGACGGACUCCAUUCCCCCGGCUGAGGAUGGCAGCGGGGCCGCCGGUGGUGGCGGCGGCCGGGCGUCUGUGGCAAGUGGAGGCCCCGCUGGGCCGCGGCUCGUCGGCCGCCGUCUUCCGGGCGCGUUGCCUCGGCCAUCCCCGCUCUCCCCCGGCAGCUGUCAAGGAGUUCCUGCCGCCGGGCUCCGGGUCGGCAGGAGGCGGCGGCGGCGACUACGGCUUCCGCAAGGAGCGGGCCGCGCUGGAGGAGCUGAGAGGUCACCGCAACAUCGUUACCCUGUAUGGCGUGUUUACAAGCUGCUCUUCUAUCAAAGGCCCCUCACACUCACUUCUCCUGGAGCUGCUGGACAUCAGCGUGUCGGAGCUCCUUGUGCAUUCCAGUCAGCACGGCUGCUCCAUGUGGAUGACCCAGCACUGUGCCCGGGACGUCCUGGAAGCCCUGGCAUUCCUCCACCACAAGGGCUACGUGCAUGCUGACCUGAAGCCACGCAACAUCCUCUGGAGCGCGGAACAGGAGUGCUUCAAGCUCAUUGACUUUGGACUCAGCUUCAAAGAAGGGAAUCAGGAUGUGAAAUAUAUUCAGACGGACGGGUACCGGGCUCCUGAGGCUGAGCUGCAGAACUAUCUGUCUCAGGCUGGAUUACAAAGUGGAACCCAAUGUACAUCUGCUGUAGACCUCUGGAGUCUAGGAAUCGUGUUGGUAGAGAUGUUCUCAGGAAUGAAACUGAAACACAUUGUCCAGUCUUGGGAAUGGAAGGCGAAUAAUGCUGCUGUUAUCGAUCACAUUUUUGUCAGCAAAAGCGUGGAAAAUUCUGCCAUCCCAGCCUAUCAUCUCCGAGACCUCCUCAAAAGCAUGCUUCACGAGGAGCAAGAGAAAAGAGCUACUGCUGGGGAGUCCUUGUGCAGUCCUUUCUUCAGCAUUCCUUUUGCUCCCCACAUUGAAGAUCUGGUGAUGCUUCCGACUCCUGUGUUAAGGCUGCUGAAUAUUUUGGAUGAUGCUGCUCUUCAAAACGACAAAGAAUUCGAAGAUAUAGUUGAUGAUAUCAGAGAAGAAUGUAGUAAAUACGGGCAGAUCGUUUCUUUGUUUGCUCCAAAGGAAAAUCCAGGCAAAGGCCAAGUCUUCGUUGAGUAUGCAAAUGCCGGCGAUUCCAAAGCAGCCCAACGAGCCCUGACUGGGAAGAGGUUUGACGGCAAGUUUGUUGUGGCUACCUUCUACCCACUGAGUGCCUAUAAGAGGGGAUACGUUUACCAAACGGUGCUUUAGUCUGCAGCAGCAGUCAGGAGAGAGGAGCACCCCCCCUCCCCAACCUGCCUGGCUUUGCCUGAGUGGUCGUCUCUCCCCACCCACCCACUCCCCCCAAGAGGUGGAGCCUGCGUGUCCGCUCUUCCGUCUUGUGAUUUGCGAGAGCUACCCAGAUACGUUUUGUCUUUGUUUCGAGGAAUGCCAAAUUCGCCUGCCGCCUUUUCCUCAGCUAACUCUGCGGUAACUGGAAUACUAAACUGUGAAAUGGAAGCACGCGUUUUAAAACAGCCAGACAUUUAGCCCUCCCCAUUGUGGUGAUGGUUAAGACACCUCAGACGCAAGAAGCACUGAAAAGCAACAUAGAGGGUUGCUGUUGUGUUAAAGAUGCAGUGAAGCCUCAUUGGAGCUCCUUGAGUUUCCAGCCCCUGGCAAAUAAAUUUGUUUCUCUGGGUAUUGAGGAACAUGACUAGAAACCCAGGCCAAGCCUUUGGUGCUUGCCUUGAGCCUGCAGAAAGCCCCUACUGAGCUUCGUCAUGACAGCAGGGACACUCGCCAUAGAAAAGUGUCUUAUUCCAAGUGCAGAACUUUGGUCUGAAAAGCAGAUAUAGACAUAGGUGCGCUUUGCUAGGCAAAGGCUAAGGCUGAAUAGUAGCCAGUAUAGUAUAGCAGCUUGCCACAUAUAGGGUUGGAUCAAGGUUGUGGAUUUCCACAGAUAGAAAAGAGGCUGGUUUUUAUGGUCCCCCUCCCCUUGCUGCAGUAAGUUUCCAGCUCUCGCCUCAUAGUGUUCCUGAGGGUCCUCAGGGAGUAGCAUUUUGAGAGGCAUUUGGGGUCUGCAGCCAGAAGAGAAAUUCACGCUCUGCUGAUGGAAAAUCCCUUCUGCCCGUGGCCAUUUCUAGAGGAUUCCAAAUGUAACUUCUAGCCAUUUCUCGAAAUACGCAGAGCUCUUUCUCCUGGGAGCCAGUGCUUUUUUAAAGUCACGUUUGGGCUUGCGGUAGAAAGCUGAGGCAUCUCUCAAACACUUCUUUAGAUGGAGAGCUUUUUGUAAAGAUGAUCCUGGUUUGUAUGGGAUCUUCCCAGUGUUAUUUCCGUUAGCUAGGCAGACACUUGCUCCGAGGAUUUUGUUCUGCUGUAGUCUGGGUCUGCACAGAUUGUCUGCAUUGUAGAUACUUCCCAGACUGCAGAGGCGUUCUUGCCAUCCAGCCAAUGGAAACACCGCUAAUCGCCUUCGUUGCUCUAGGAGGUAUUAAUACUCUUGAGGUGACUGGACGUGGACGCAGGUGGAGCAAUCUAUGUACAAUGCACACAAACAGAUGCUGUGGGGCGAACAUGACUUGUCUUGUGCCAGUAACAAAACAUAGAGGAGCAAAGACGAGUAGCUUUGAAGUCAUACUGCAAAAGUAUAUUGGCUUGACAAAGAGGUUGGGCAGUGCUGGGGACAGGCCCUGGCCUUGUGGGCAGCUGCUAAGGAGCAAGGGCGCCAGCAGGCCUUCUUGGGAGCAGAAUACUACUAUGAAACAGCCUUUUCAACAAAAAGGGCCAUCGGCCAAUACGUUUCGCCCUGAUCUGGUAUUGGCUUAAGCUUCGUUAGUAUAAUCUUUAGGGGAAACGCUGGCAAACAGAGGAUGGGAUCUUUUAUUUUGAAGUCCCAGUCAGUCACUUCUUUCACAUAUAAUUUCAAAAAUCGCACGUUUUAGAGCUUAUCCUUCCCGCCCCCCUUGAAAGCCGUAAAAUCUUUUGAAAUUAAGUUCAAGAUUCAGAUAGGCUGUUGAACUGCACAAUUAGCUCCCGAGCAACGCAUUUGCUCUGCAAAGUUGUGCGUAUCCACAGCACACGCAAGUCCCACUUUGUUAGGCUCCCAGAGCAAGAGAUGACAACCCUCUUGCAAAAGCCAGUGGCUGCUAACCAUCCCUUUUGAAACUUCCCCGCAUCAUACUCUACAACGCACUCCUGACGUGUUAGUUUGGCUCUUCCCUGUACCUUCGGCUGACUCCCGACGGUUCUCCAACCAAAGUCUUCUGCUGCUGACUCGUCUGACCUUGCUCUCUUGCUUGUUGCGAUAUAACACACUGUAGAGCAGAUCCUUAUCUAGCUGGGGCGGGGUAGGGGCGGGGGAAACCAGAUUUUUUGAGCACAUUUUAAGGCAGGUUUAAAGGAAAAAACCUAUCAAAACUUGAAGCUUUUCAUAGUGUAUGCAAAGACAGAGGUUCUGUCUGAAGACCAAGCGAAUAGCUUUGCACUUUUCAACUUGUUGAGCCAUGAAUCCGAUCGAGAGCCUCAGCCAAUUGAGAGCCGGCGGCGAGUCUCCAUCUGUCUGCCCCGAUAGCGUGAUCUUAGCACUGCCCAUCUUUACUGUAUUUUGAGUGUUUACAUGUUUUCUUUGAAAUGUAAUUAAAUGUCUUCUGUUCAGAUUA